UUGUUCUUCCUUCUUUUCUCAUUACAUAUCUUCUCCAAAUUCCAAUUCAAUCUUUCAUAAAUCCACAGAAUCCGCCAUGGUUGUUCUGUCUCAACCGACGUUAGAUUUGAACCAAUAUUCCCUUCUCCGAUCAACAUGCAAACCCACCGCCUCCUUCGCCGAUAUUCCCGAAAUUGACCUCUCAGAUCCCAACGCCAAGUUUCAUAUUGUCAAAGCUUGCGAAGAAUUCGGCUUCUUCAAGCUCGUAAACCACCGUGUUCCCAUCGAGCUGAUGACGAAACUCGAAGAUGAAUCGCUCUGUUUUUUCAAACUUUCUGAGUCUGAGAAAGAUAAAGCUCGCCCACCUCACCCUUUAGGUUAUGGCUCUAAAAAUAUCGGCUCUAAUGGCGAUAAGGGUUGGAUUGAAUAUCUCCUCAUUAACGCUAAUCCUCUCCCCAUUUUCUCCCAUGACUUCCUUUGUGCAGCGACGGAGUAUGUAACGGCGGUGAAGAAACUGAGCUGUGAAGUGGUGGAAUUAAUAGCAGAAGGAUUAAAAAUGGAGCGAAGAAACGCCAUUAGCAAGCUUCUAAACGACGAGAAAGCUGAUUGUUGUUUCAGAGUAAACCACUAUCCACCAUGUCCAGAAAUGCAAGGUUUAAGCGGACGAAACAUGAUUGGAUUCGGUGAACACACGGACCCACAAAUCAUAUCAAUUUUAAGAUCAAACAACUCAACCGGUUUACAAAUCUGCCUUAGAGACGGCGCGUGGGUGUCAGUGCCGCCAGAUAACGGAGCGUUGUUUGUGAAUGUCGGCGACGCGCUGCAGGUGAUGACUAAUGGGAGAUUCAAAAGCGUGAAGCAUAAAGUGGUAGUGGAUCCGAACAGAGAGAGAGUUUCAAUGAUUUACUUUGGAGGGCCGCCAUUGAGUGAAAAGAUUACGCCGUUGCCGGAACUUUUAGAAGACGGAGAAGAAAGCUUGUACAAGGAAUUUACAUGGUGGGAAUACAAAACGGCGGCGUAUAAGAGCAAAUUGGCUGAUUAUAGGCUUGGUGCGUUUGAAAAGAGUCCAAUUUCUUCUUAAGACCUUUUAAUUCUUGACUUUUCCGUUGACUCUUUCCAUAACUAAGCAUAUAACUCGUAUAGGGCUUUUCUUGUUAACGAAGGAAUCAUUGAAGAGGAGGCUCUCACAAUACUACCCUUCAUAAUUUUAUAUUUCUUACAUGUAUUAAUUUCCAACCUAUAUUUAGUGAUAAGUAAUAACAAUUAUAGUUUUUUUAAA